GGACCGCGGUUGCGCGAAUGUUGAUUGUGUGUCUCCUCUCGGUUGUUCGUUCGUUCAAACAGUGAAAAUCCAGAGCUUUAAGUGAAAAUCAUUGACUACAGAUCUGUGGCGGACGUAAUGAAUGGAAAAUGGUGAACAAGUGUAAUAUGUGCUGAGCUAUUGCCUCUAAAAAUUAUAUGGAAAUGUAAACAAAAAUCGUUGGUUUUGAAUAAAAUCUGGAAAUCAGUGAUUUGUUGUGAGAUUUUGGUGAAUUUUUGAGGAUUACCCAGUGAGCGUUUUGGAUAAAUCUUGGAUUACAAUAACCACUUUGGAUUGCUGAUUUAACUUUGGAUAUAGGAACGCUAAGCUGCAUCUUAUGCGGUUUAAUGUGAAUGCAUCCAAGUCGAGUUGCAUUCGGUUGCAGCGAAACAUGGCGGACGAUUGAAUGGCGUCGCCGGAGGUCGGUCAACGAAGCAUUUCAUGGCGGAAUUAAACGUACGAAACAAUGAUCGUUGCUAAAUGGACGGAAUUGUCGCAUGUAACAUCGAUAUAUUGUGUAAACAUAUUGACAGGAAGUUAACAAGCCAUUGUUUGCCGCGCCAGUCGAUCAUAACGCAUGCACAAUACUAAUUGCAGCACUCGCAACCGUCGCCGGGAAAAUGUUGAAAAUGAGUCGAGAAACUGUUUGAUGGCGGCCGAGUGCGAAAUGUCCGAUUCCAAUGAGUAUGAUGUGCUGCCCCAACUAUUUCGCGAAGAUUAGAUUUUCUUAUCAGAAUUAUUUUGCAUAGCACGGCGUCCACAGAAACCUUCAAAAAUGUAAACAGCUCGAAGAUACGUGGGCUUUUCCUAAAUUUUCCUCCGAAACCAGAUACAAUUCUCAACUGUGACCUUACACAGUCCAUGCCGUGUUGACCAAGUGCGAAAGUGAUAAAAAUCUUAAACGUGUUCGGACUUCCCGAUACAGUUUUAAGGUUUGCUCUAGCAUCGCGUGUUUCCACGAAGCCGCUUAUUUCGUCUUAAAUAUAAUUUGCAUUAAAAAUAUUUUGUUUAUAUUCACAAAAAAGAAAAAAAAAACGACAGAAAAUGCUUUGUGCUAAAAUCAUGACGAAGAUGGAUUCGCUGUUGUUGGUGCUAGUGGUGACUAGUUGUUGUUGGCUUCCAGUGGGCAGUGACGAGGUGCUACGGAAAACCAAUAGUAGUUAUAGCGGCAGUAACGUCCCCGCAGAUGGAGUGUCACAACGUAACACCACUUCAAAUGUUAUGUUUGCGGAGGUGAAUUCUGUUGCCUCAUCGACGACUGAGAGUCAAGGUGCUUCAAGCGCGUCGGAAGCGAGUCCGUCACCAUCAAUGUCGCCAACAGGAACCAAAGAGACAAUAAACGAUGAUGCAGUUGUGAGACAGAGGAAGGGAAAAUCAUAUAACGAAGACAGAGAUCUUCCCGAUUCACUAUCAACUUCAACAAGUUCCUCAACAUCAGCAUCUCCCCGAACUUUACGAAAUGGUGCUUCACCCAUACGAUCUGGUCCAAAUCGUGACAACAAACUCAUGAAUCUCCUUGCUGCUCGAAGGAGCGCACUCCAGCGAGCUCCAUUCAGAACUCAUCGACGUACUUCCGGAACAAAUCGUACAUCUAUCGAAUCCCCAUUCUCACCAUCAUCAGCACCCUCGUCAAGGAGUCCUAACGACACACGAUCAUCGUGUGAAAGAAAUUGUACGAAAAAUUUUACGAGACGAAUUACAGCAAGCUGCAUCCGCCGAUGUCUUGCCCAGGCCAGGACGAAGGUCGAUGAAAAAGACAACAAUGAAAUACUAGAAACUGAUGAGUCCUCCCAUGGAUUCUUUGUCAUUGCCAAAGAUUUGAAUGAUACUGUUAAUCAUAUAGGAGAUGGUGUUAAAUCUUCGGAAGCGUCUACAGAGAAAAUAAGCAGAGUUGGAGUAAGACCUACCGGUGGGUUGGAGAAUGUCGAUAUUCCUCCAUAUUUGUUUUUCGGGCAAAAACUCCCACCAUUGAGGCCCAAUCGGAAAACCAAUCAAACAACUGAAAGUUCACAGCGGCAUUCAACGGAGCGGGGGAAAACUUGGAAUAGAAAUUAUCAGCCCAGAAAUUUUGGCUCAUACAGUAGAUUUCAUAGUUCUAGAAAUGUAAUCAGACCAACAACCACUCCGGUCGUAACAAAGCCUACAGCAGAUAAUUCAAAAGCAAAGCUUGUUAAAGAAGACUCUGACGAGGACGAACCUCAAACUACAAGUGACCUCAUUUCAAAAACUGAACCUGUUGGCAAUAACGCGACGGAGACCAUUUUGCUCCGAAGACCGACUGAACAACCUGCAACAACUAGUACUGAAGGAAAGACUGAAACAAUUACACUAGCAAGUGCCAAGACUACCACUACGACCGCCAGCACGGUGAGCACUGUUAGCCCAACAACUCUUACUACUACCAGCACUACUACCGAAACGACCACUUCUUCCACAUCAACUACUCCUUCUACAACUACAACAAUGAAUCACACCUCGGCCGAGCCUACCAGUUCAAGCUUCAUUCCCACAACAACCUCAUAUAUUUUCAACAAUGAAAGCCUUUACACCUUGCAAACAGUGGAAGCUGGGAUACCACCGACUGUAAUCAGCACUAUCGAAACUUCAACCCCUCCAACUUCAACUUCAACCCAAACCACCAAAACAGAACCUAAGCCAAUAGAGACAACCCUUCCACCCUCUCCACUACCGGAAGACCUUGCUAAAAUUUUCGAUCCAAUCGAUGAAGAUAAAUCUAAUAUAAUAAUUUUUUACAAAGUCACAACACAACCUUCAACCCUAUCUUCGCCCAACGUAUUCACCAGAACUACAAUCUCAUCGUCAGUGCGGUCCACAGUCAACCCCAGGGUUAGACCACCACCACAGACAACUUCAUCAGUGGAAUAUAGUCUUUCGUCAAGCACUUUGGAGGCCACUACGCCUCAACCAGAAAUUAAACGUGAAAACUCUGGGACCCACGAUAGAGUCACACCUUCUGUUCAUGACGUGAGCGGAGGUACCAUGCUCAAUGGCGACGUGACUAUCGAAGUGAAGCAAAUCCAUACGGCAACAUAUAUCUUGGCCGGCCUAGGAGUGUUUCCCAUUGUGAUUAUAAUCUUAUACGUAGCUAAAACUAUAAUAUUCAAGAGAAGGUACAAGGACGACGAUGACUUGGACCAGUUUACAUCGGACGGUAAACCUAUUAGUCCAGUAAGGAAAAUGGAUCAUCUGGAUGAUGACAAUAGUGACCAAUAUUCAAUUGUGACGGAAAGGGAUUUUGAACGUCAGAAUUUGAGAUUCAAAAGUUUACUAGGUGAAGGUAAUUUUGGACAAGUAUGGAAGGCAGAGGCUGAUGACCUCAUUGGACACAUGGGUACGACAAGAAUAGUAGCCGUGAAAACUGUGCGUAGUGGAAGUACGCAAGUGAGUUUGAAGGAGGAAGCUGAGAUUAUGAGAAAAUUGGGAUCACAUUCGAAUGUUGUUACUCUGUUGGGAGCAUGCUUGGAGACAGAACCUCAUCUACUUAUAAUGGAAUAUGCCAUGAGAGGACGAUUAUUAUCAUUAUUAAGAGCUGCAAGGAGCGCUACAAAUAUUCUUCCAGCAUCCGUUCCAGGAGGGAGAAGUCUAGCUCCCUUAUCACCGAGAACUCUUGCCGGAUUUGCGUUAGACAUCGCUAGGGGAAUGGAAUACAUUUCAGAGAAAAAGAUUGUCCAUCGGGACUUAGCUGCUAGGAAUAUACUUCUCGACCACAACGGUGUCUGCAAAAUUUGUGACUUUGGAAUGUCCAUUGAUUUGGAGCGAUCACGUCAUAGUCCAGUGCAUGCCAAGAAGUCAGAUAGCCUUCAGCAAACUCAGUGUUUCGAUACACGUUUCCACUUCGAUUUUGGUGGCCGUUGGAUGAGCCACUGGAAUAAUAACAACAAUAACAAUAAUAACGAGAAAAAACACAAUCACGAUUCAGUUAGCAAACGGCCAGCCUUGCCUAUUCGCUGGAUGGCACCAGAAGCGCUACAGUACCACAUAUUCUCAAUAAAGACCGAUGUUUGGGCAUUUGGAAUUGUUUUAUGGGAAAUCGCGACACUAGGUUGCACCCCCUAUCCCAACCUAUCUGGACGUGAAGUUAUACGAAGCGUCCCCAACGGAAUUCGUCCCGAACUGCCACAGGAUGGACGACCUGAAUUCUAUGACCUUAUGCAGCGUUGCUGGCGCAAGGAUCCUCAAUUGAGGCCAAGCUUCCGUGAGGCUCGAAACGAGAUUUCCAGGAUAUCAUGUAAAUGGCAUGAUGAUGACCUGGCCACGUCCGAUUACAUGGACGUGAGCGGCUUCAGUGAGGACCUCGAACACGGAAUGGUUUACUUCAAUAGACGAAUAUCUGAAUUUGAAUGCGAAAUUUGACAAAAACUAGGGUUUCGAUUUAUCCUGAAAUCUGAAUUUACGUAAUUUUCAUUUUGAUUUCCUUUGAUUUUGUCUGCAGUAUUAAUUUCAUCUUUUCUCAUCGAAACUUUUUUAUUUUAUGUUUAUGUAUGUAUUUGUAUUCGUCUCAUUAAUCCAUUCCGGAUUCGAUAAAAUAAUUUGUAUGUAUGAAUCGUGAUCUUAAACGUUAUUUUUCUUACACCAAUUUUGUUUUAAAUAUGUUAGAUUAAAUAUUUAGUAGAGCAGCGUGCACUGUCUUAAUUUUAGCGAUGGUUUCCUAGUUUUAAAGUAUCUUAAGUUACUUACCUGUUAUAGUAUCAUAGAGUGGCGUAAAAUUCAUUUUAUUAUUAUUUUAUUCGACGUAAAUUUAUUUGUAAACGAAUUCUGAAAUUGCUAUCUUUUUGUUUUCUAAUUUUCGUAGAAAUUUCUAGUCUUUUGUCAAUUUUAGGUUUCUAUGAUUCAAAAACGAUUAUUUGAGAAAAAAUUCUGAGCUCUGAAAGUUACAUGUAAGUUUGUUUACAAACCGAAACAAAAUUGUGUUUAUUACAAAGAUUUAUGUAUAAAAUAAAUUAUUGUUGACUAUA